AGCUGAAAAAGAACCAAGGACAGAGCAAAGUGGUUAGAGAGAGAGAGAAUUCACUUGUUGGGUGCUUUAUCUUUCUUCUUCUUCCUCUCCUUCUUUUUCAGCUUCGGCGUGCUGAAGAAGACGCAUAGAAGGAAUCAACAGUGAAAAGAAAAGUCAUCAUCCAGUGACAGAUUCCUCCAUCUCGACGGGAGAGGGGCAAUUCGGUCAUUUCCGUGCCGGGCUUCGGCUGCCACUUCCCAUCAGGCGGAGGUCUCUCUCACCCGCGGCAGAGAUUCGCCGCCGAAGAUGUUUUCCAUGGAGGAAUGCCCUUGCUUCCUGUGAUUCUCCUUUGAUCGCUGCGUAGCAUGCUGGAGAUUUUUUUCGUGGGUAUUUUGGAUGAUUUGAUUUCGUGGAUUUGAGUUUGAGAUUAGAUGAAAUCAUGAAAGCUUUGCGGCGAAGCUACACCUCUACGUCUUCCGCGAAUCCGACGUCGUCGUCUUCUUCUUCUUCUUCACCGUCGUUGUCUUCCUCUUCUUCUUCUUGGAUCCAUCUCCGAUCGGUUCUAUUCGUAGCGAAUCCUUCAUCCCCAUCUUCGACCUCUUCGUCCGAUCGGAGCCGGUCGAAAUCUCCGUGGUCUCGCCGGAAAAGGAAAUGGGCACUCACGCCGCAGCAGUGGAAGAGUUUGUUUACGCCGGAGGGCAAACUCCGUGAUGGCGGGGUUGGAUUCCUUAAGAAAGUUCGAAGUAGAGGUGUUGAUCCCAGUAUCCGACCAGAGGUUUGGCUGUUCCUACUCGGAGUGUAUGACUUGAAUAGUUCCAGUGAAGAAAGAGAGGUGGCGAGAACUGAGAAAAGGAAGGAGUAUGAAAAACUGCAGAGACAGUGCCGGAAGCUUCUGAACUCCGGCAAUGGGAAUUCAUCUGAUGAUGGCGAUGGCUGCAGCCCCACAGAUGCCAUCAGUUUCACAGAGUCACCCUUUGGAGAGAUGAACAGCCAUAGCAUUGGAUUCGUUGAUGCAGAUAUCUCAGCACCGAAUUCCGAGUCAUCUGAUUCAGAUUCCUUUGAAGAUCCCGAAAUCUUUCUGCUAUUCCCAUCUUUCAAGUUCAGCCACGAGAAAGACGAAUAUAACAGUCCCAGUCCCAUCGAGAAUAAUCCUACUCCAGCUACUGAAAUCCAUUAAAAGUGUACGACUUUUGGAUUAUUACCACCAGGAAUCUGCCAUUACCUGCAACUGUGUCGAUAUGGGUUUUGCUUCUUCUUCUUCUUCUUCUUCAAUGAAACAGAAAACGCUCUUCGUGCAGAUUCCGAGUGGGCGACAUACUCUCCCUACGCUUCCGCAGUUACCGAAACCAGAGCUCACCGUUCAGCCAAGUCUGUCGGGUUAAAAGACUAUGAUCAUCACAUAGAACCAUGCAGGCUUUUUCACGCCGCACGGCUCGUUGCUAUCCUUGAAGCCUAUGCACUGUACGACCCGGAGAUCGGGUACUGCCAGGGAAUGAGCGAUCUGCUCUCCCCGAUCCUCGCAGUGAUCACCGAAGAUCAUGAGGCUUUCUGGUGCUUCGUGGGUUUCAUGAAGAAGGCUCGACAUAAUUUCAGGCUCGACGAGGCAGGGAUCCAAAGGCAGCUGAAUAUCGUAUCGAGAAUCAUCAAAUACAAGGAUUCACAGCUUUACAAGCACUUGGAGAAUCUCCAGGCCGAAGAUUGCAGCUUUGUUUACAGGAUGGUAUUGGUGAUGUUCAGAAGGGAACUGACUUUCGAGCAGACACUCUGUCUCUGGGAAGUGAUGUGGGCAGAUCAAGCCGCCAUUAGAGCUGGGGUUGGUGGAAAAUCGCCAUGGAGCAGAAUCAGACAACAAGCUCCACCCACCGAUGAUCUGUUGCUAUAUGCCAUUGCAGCGUUAGUUCUACGCAGGAAGCUGAUAAUACAGAGAUACAGCAGUAUGGAUGAGAUUGUGGAGGAGUGUAACAGUAUGGCCGGACAGCUCGAUGUGUGGAAGCUCCUCGAUGACGCUCAUCACCUCAUCGUUACCCUCCACGAUAAGAUCGAACCCUGAAAUCGUCAUCCUUUCCCAUCUCGUUUCCGCCUCCCCUUUUACCCGUUUUGCUCGGCUUGAAUCGGAAGUGUUUCACUCAUGCACUCAAUCUAGCCGUUGCUGCUCUUUCUGAAGCUUUCAGACAAGGUUGAGGUUAUUGUACCACACAAGAACUCUGCUCCACUUGCCUGUUCUGUCUUUCCAAAGGCUAUUCCUUUUGUUUUCUCUCUUUAUUUUCCCUCAUUAUACAACACGGAGAACACAAUGCAUUGUAUCUGAAUCAUAUGAUGUUCUUCAUCUUAAACAGAGCCAAAUCAAACUGUUCAUUAUGGCUUCUAUGUUUGUCUGAUAACCAGACUGAACUCUUUUUCCGACCAAACUGUCUCAAUCUGGGAGAGAAGAAACUGCAAAUACAUGUCUUGUUUAUUCAGAUAACAUAACAGUGACCGAACACAAACGAAUCUAACAAUGCAUUUAUAUCGUUUUCGUGGCUUAACAAGAAAUCAGCAAUAAUCUAAGUCUAAGAUCACACACAAAAAAGAGAGCGCCAGUAUAUUACAUUCUCCAACCCAAGAGCCAGAAGAAGA